GUGGGUAGGGCUUUUCUUUUGUUUAGGAUUGGCAAGAGGAUGGCUGCCUCGGCCUCAAAGCUGUUAGAGAAUGCGCUCUUAUCAAUACAGGGACGCGAGAGGAAUUCCUCGAAGGUAGUACUAAAGGGAUGGGGCAUUACCGGUGUUAGCGACGGAGGGAUUGUUUGCAAGAGAAGGUUGCCCAGUUAA